UUGGUUGGGGUGAGAGAUUCAUAUACACACACAAUAACAGCCCCCCUCGCUCAGCUCUGUGUGCUGACAGACAUGUGCAGACCUGUCCCACAGGCACUGGCGUGCACAGAUAGAGACGAGGUGGUGCUGAAGCACUUGCCCUUUUGCCCUCAGUCCAAAAAAGUGCCCUUUUGAAAGACGUGAUUUUUUUUUUUUUUUUAAAGCUGCGCGAUUUAAAAAGGUGUGAAAAUAAUGGCUUGAUUUGUGCCCCUUCUUCAAAGACACCCGAACCCUGUCGCUUUUUCACUGUCACCGUAUCACGUGAACACGCUUGCAGUUCAUUUGUUGUGAAGCGUGUAGCAGCGGCAUGACAUAGGACUACUUGGAGUAGGCAUAGUAGGCUAACUAUAGCGACUGGGAGCCACGGCGGACAACACGGCAGCUCUUUCCCUUCCCAACCAGUCAGGUAACCCAUGAAUCGAGUGAAAUUAUUCUGUUUGCCCUCUAAGACCAACCUGCAAUUGUUUUGUUGUGAAGUAGCCUGUCAGAAACUGCACAUGACAAACUUUGCCAGCUUGCCCCCUCCAUCCAUCCAUAUGGAUAAACAAAAAAACGACACAUUUAAAAUGUAACCUAAACCAUUUAGGCAACCCCACUCUCCAUCAAUUCCGACCUUUUUGCAUACACUAUUGAAAAUAUCACGUUAUGCUAUAGGCUACAUGCCGUUAGGCAGAGGGCUCUUUUGAGCCCAUUUUUCGUUACAAAUUUUAGGAUGAUCUCACGGAAAUCUGUGAAUAAAUACAAAGUUUUCAAACUGAAGUCAGUGACGGGAAGACAUCACACUUUUUAGAGAUGGAACUGCAGAAAAACCUAAAACCUUGACAUGAUUAUGAAUAAUAGAAUUAUGGACGUUUCUCCGUUUUUGUGUAUUAGCCUUUCCAUAACUAACGUCAACUACUGUCCUACUUUGGUAAGAUUGAAAUUAAUGUCUUUGACUGUCUUUAGUAGGUGUCUCCUGUGAGAAAGUUAGAACACCGUCCAACUGUCUAAAGAUGCAGUCUUUAGCCUAACUGGUUGUUACUGACUCAGCGAUGCUCGCAGACAUUUACGCACUGUGUUGUGACCUGAUUGUGACAGAACAGUGACGUUGUUAUUGGUAGUUUGAAGGGUACGGUGUUGGGGGUGGUGCAUGUUAAAAGUUUUGAGAAGCACUGGUUAGACAUGUUAAUUUUUUUUGGUGUAACAUAUUGGCAACAUUAACACAUUAAUUUGCUAAAGGAAAAAUAGGCAGUUCCCAAUUGCCUGUGAAAACGACCAUUCUGCCCUGUUCUUGUAAUGACCACAGUCAGUCUUAUUCAUUCUCAUACAUUUUGGUCUAUUUAUUUACUAAUUUCAGCAAGCAUAAUGCCUAGGAAAGAGAGGCUGAGAAAGGAGAAAGAAAGGGAUCUACAACAGGCAGCCCAGGGAAGCAGUUCUCUGCUCUCCUGGAUGAAAGCAAAGGAAAAUGAAGAUGAAAGUCAGUCACAGCAGGGAAGCAGCUCUAUGCCAUCUACCAGCAUAGCAGAAGAGGGAGAUAUAGAAACAGAUGAAGCUGCGACCAAUGCAGCAACAGGUUCAGUUAGGCCUACAGACACUGAUGUAGUGCUCUCUGAAGACCACAAUGAGGAAGAACAGAUCGAUCACAUAAUGUCAAAGUUAGCAGCUUUACAAUACCCAACAGAUCCAACACACAUCCAUACAUUUAAAAUAAAGCGCAAUGACAGAUACGUUUCAAUGUGCUGCAAUGUGGGCCCAUGUCAGCCUGAUAUACCUUACCCAAAAACUGAGGGUAGAUCAUUCCAGAAACAGUGGUUUUCUGCUAAUGUGUGGCUGGAAUACUCACCCACUGCUAAUUCAAUGCAUUGUUUUAGUUGUCGGCUUUUCCUCUCGGAUGAAAAAUAUAAAAGCAGAACAGCCUGGACAACUGAUGGCAUCAGAAAGUGGAGUACUGCUCUUGAAAAAAUCAAACAACACUCCAGCGCAGAGAUGCACAUGACAAGCAUGGUUAGAUGGAUCAAUUUCCAGAAAAAGGCCCUUCAGUCUGCAUUUGAUGUUUCAGACGUAAAAGGGGUGGAAGUUAGAGAGCGAGAGAGGCAGACAAACAAAGAAAUCCUGACAAGAUUAAUUGACCUAACAGUGUAUCUUGCACGUCAGGGACAAGCAUUCCGAGGUCAUGAUGAGAGUGAGUCCAGUGAUAACCGUGGCAAUUUUCGUGAAUUAGUCAAUGUAUUUUCCCGCUACAAUAGUGUGCUGAAAAUGCAUUUGGAAAAAAUUGCCACAGUUAAAGCCACCAAGACAAGGCCCCAGGUGUCAUUGCUUUCCAACAGAAGUCAAAAUGACAUCAUUGCAGCACUAGGAACUUACAUCAGGAAGGAGAUACAACGUGAAAUAAAAGAGGCUGAAAUGUAUUCCAUUCUACUUGAUGAAACCUCUGAUGUUUCACACAAAGAGCAAGUGUCAUUUGUUGUGCGAUAUUUUCAUCAUAUGCAAAUAAAGGAGAGAUUCAUCGAAGUGUGCAAUGUUGAUACAACUACAGGCCAGGAGCUGGAGAAUACAGUGUUCUUGCUUCUGCAAAAGAAUGGCCUAGAGAUGAAGAACAUGUAUGGUCAAGGCUAUGAUGGAGCAGCCAACAUGAGUGGCAUGUAUAAAGGUCUCCAAGCUAGAAUCCGUGCACACAAUGAGAAGGCCCUCUAUGUGCACUGCAAAGCCCAUUGCCUCAAUUUGGUACUAGUGGAGGCAUCAAAGUCCAGCAAGCAUUUUGUGACAUUUUUCAACUUGGUGGAGAAAUUGUAUGCCUUUUGCUCAGGCUCCCCAAAGCGUCAUGCUGCCUUGGUCAAAUUUCAGGAGUCUCUCUUUCCUGGACAACGUGUUAUGGAGCUCCAGCAGCUGUCAGAUACUCGAUGGGCUUGCAGGGAAAAAGCACUGAAGGCACUUCAGAGAAAUUUGAAAGCCAUUUUGAUGCUCCUUGAUGACAUCAGUGACAGUGACCCACCUAACCUGGCCCAAGGUGAUGCUCAGAUGUACAGAAAUGCCAUUAAUUUUAUGUUCAUUCUCUGCAUGGAAAUCACCACACCAGUAUUCGAAGUCACUGCUUUGGCAUCAGAUUCUCUGCAGGAAGAAGGGUUGGACCAUUCCACUGCCUACAAGGUAAUUGAUGGUGUGCUUCACACAUUGCAAACCAUGAGGUCUGAGGAGAAAUUUGGAGAGAUAUUUAGAUGUGCAUCAGAGAAGGCAGAGAGUUUCAACAUUCCAGUACCUACCGUGGUGCCUGGUCAGGAGAGAAAGCGGAAAGUUCCAGUGCGUUUCCAACACAGCACCACAGUGUCUCAAGUAGGUGCUCAGUUUGAGUCAGUGGAGGCAUAUUUCAGGAGUGGUGUAUAUUUCACCUUUCUGGACAUCAUGACUGGGGAACUGAACAGGAGGUUCAAAGGGGACAAUACUGGAAGCCCAACGGCCAGAAUCAUUCAGUCCUUCCAGCCCUUAACUGUGCAUGCUAACUGGGUAGGCCCACCAAACCCAGAAGCCAUUGAAGCUGUCCACAUCCUCUGUGAAUUCUAUGGAGAAGAUGAGGACCAGCUCAAAACAGAAUUAAAGGUCUUCCACUCCAGCUUUAGUUCAAAAGACCUCAGAGAAAUAUUUCUGAUACUGAGGGAAAACAAUGGCCAGCUGAUCUUUCCUGCCUUUGUCAAAAUGAUUCAGAUCUACGCAACACUACCAGUGACAACUGCGACAGUUGAAAGAUCCUUUUCAAAGCUAAAAAUAAUCAAAAAUAAACUAAGAAGUUUGUGUGGAGAAGAAAGGUUGUCUGAUCUCCUCUUGUUGGCCAUUGAGAAAGAUGUGGAGAUCAAUUACAACGAGGUCAUCAACAUCUACAAAGACAUGGCACCAAGAAGGAUGCUUCUUUAGAGCAGUACACUCCAUUUAAUGGACACUUGAGAAUAUGUAUGUAUAUAGUUUAGAGUUGGAUACAGAUUUUAUCUUUUUGUGGUGUGAUUUUUGAUUUUUAGAGAAUGUUUUGAAAUAAAAGUCAAAUUGCAUUUAACCUGUGCGAUUUUUUUAUUAUAAAAAGAAAAGGUUUUCCACAUAUGCAAAAAGUGCCCUUUUUUCCCCCUGGAGCACUUGCCCCCCAAAAUGUCAGUGCACGCCACUGCCCACAGGGCUGGGACCAUUUGACCUCAGAACUGAAGAAGCUUCUCGGAUGAAACGUCUUCAAGUCCAGACGCUUUUCUUUCCGAGCUCCUUAGACUACUCAGGGAUUAAUAAAGUAUUCUAAUUCUGAUUUGGUGUUAUAUAAAUAAAAUUGAUCUGAACUGAAUUGAAAAUGUAAUAUUUUUGAUCAAUUAUUAAAUGAUUUAACACUAAUGAUUAAUAAUUAACAUUUAAUAGUUUUAAUCUUUGGUGCAGUUGAGGAUGGUCUAUUGUUAUUUCUUUGUAGAUUUUUAUGCUUAAAUGGUUUCUUUGGUUUGUUUGCUGAUGGCCCGGGAGCAGACAGAGUGGCUAUGGGGAUGGGAGAGGUUUUCAGGGAUGACAGGAGGAGAGAAGCUCCAGAGAUGGUGUUUAGGGCCUGCUCAUGUGUGGUCAAUGCAGGCCAACAUGUGGCGCCAUUUGAGUCGAUCUGGUCACAAAGGACACCAGUGACCUGUCGCCAUUUUAACCAGGCUGCAUUAUUCGUGCUCGGACAUCAGAGGUGAUAUUUCCGUUGUAGCUGAUGGCUGAGCCCAGGUAGUGGAACUUCUUCAACUCUGUUAUGAUGGUGCCAUCAGUUUGGGCGGGUCUCCUUCCAGGUAUUCGGUCUUUUUCGUAUUGAG